UACCACCAUCCUGCCACGGCGCUACUACCCCAAGCUAUCGACAGGACGGGAGAGUUGGCACCAGCUCGCCGGGGAUUGCUCACUGUUACAGCAACGCCGUCGCUAGACUUGAGCUGUUUUCAAAAUGUCUGUCACAGGCAAUGCCGGCAUCGGUAUGCCCAUCAUCCUUCUGCACGACGCGGAAGGGGGUAUCAUUACCGUAGAGCUGAAGAACGGCGAGGUGUGCCGAGGAGUGCUGGACGAGGCGGAGGAUAGCAUGAACCUCGUGCUCAAGGACUGUGUGAAGACCAACAUACGGGGGAAGACAAGUACCUUGCAACAGCUCUACAUACGCGGGAACCAGAUUGUAUUUUGUAUCGUGCCAAACAUGCUGCGGAAUGCGCCCAUGUUCGCGAGGAUCAAGCAGUGGAGAAAGUACAAGGGGCAUCCCCCCGUGCUGGCAUCAGAGGGGGCGAAGGGACAGCGAGCCGCGAUCAUCCGCAAAGCGGUCUGCUAUGGGUGGCGGGAGAGGUGACGGAGGAGGGCGAGGAUUUGGAGG